AGCUGCAAAAUACUUGGCAGUAGCUAGCUACCUAACUGAGUACACCAUGGCCUUCAAAACCCUUUUCUUUGCUUCCCUUUUGCUUGCUGCGAUAGCAUCUCCAAUGGCUGAUGCGCAAUCCCCUGGUGGCCUCAUUGGCACCCUUCUCGAUGCAGGGGUGCAACUGCGGUGUGGAGGGAAUGUGGUAGCCGAUGCAACCACAAACGAGAAGGGUGCAUUUUCCAUGGUGUUGGAUCCUCUUCAAUUCGUUCUCUCUUCAGUGCUAUCCAACUGCAGCCUAGCAGUCACCACUCCGCUCUCAACCUGCAAUGCCAAGCUGCCGUCUGUUGGCUGCCUCCUCUCCUCCUUGCAGUUAGCCGGAAAUACCCUCAUCGGCCUAUUCAAUGUUGCGGACAUCAUCCUGCAGGAUUCAAGUUCUUGCCAUCCAUCUAACUAUACGUUUAUGGCAUCAAGAGAGUCCUAUAUAUCAAGCAGCUGCUAAGCAAUAAGUAACAUAUAUCUUUGAAUAAGGUCACUAUGACUAU